GCUCCUCAGGUCACCACCCUCUCCACCCUGCCUUGGGCUUGGAGAGCGAGGAGGAGGGCGAGCGACAGCAGGCGACCCUGAACAUCCGCCAUCCAUCGCUCCAUCACCUAGAACAAGGACCCCCAGGGACUAAGAAGAUGAGGAGGAGGAAUGUGUGGAUGUGGCCACAGAGGAGGCUGCUCUCAAGAACAACCGAGAGCAGCUCCAGAGCCAAGAAAAGUUUCAUGUCCGUGUUGGUGCCAGUCCCACCCCCGCACUGCACAGUCUAAUACCGGCUCCUCUCUCUUGCCAGCACCAUGACACCUGCCCUGGAGCCAGAGCUGGAAACCCACCUCCUUCGAGCUGCCCUGCAUGUCAUCUUCACCCUGGGCACAGAGAAGGACACCACCCAAGUCCAGGAUCUGUAUAGGGUCUUGCCAGACCUCCUGGAUGCCAUGCUGGGGAACCUGCUGGCAGAGUCCCCAGACACCAGCAGGCUCCACUACAUCUUGGAAAACUCAGCAGAAUUCCCCAGGAUGGGUCACCAUUGGCACAGCUGGCUCUGUUCAUUCGGUGACCCAGCCAAGGACAUCAGCCGUCAGGCCAGGGAGGGGGUUUACCGGCUCUACCAGCUGCUGCUGCACCAGAGGAGGCUGACCAUCCAUGAGGCUGAAGACCUGUGGUGUUGGGACUGGCACCAGGACAGCAGGCUCCUGGGCUACAAGAACACAGCCAAGGUAGGGGAGGUCUUCGGAAAGUUCUUCUUGGAGGGGCAGAGAAGAUCCUUCCUCCAGACGGCAGUGCUGGCCAUCCACGACCCCCUGCUGCGUGUCAGCCAGGCUGGGCUGCUCCUCACUUACUCCCUCCUGGGGGAGGCCCAGCAGCUGAUGGGGACAAGGAAAGCAGCUGCAUUAGACGCAGGAGAUUGGGGCAGGACCCAGGCCUCAUUCGCUGGCCUGGCACAGGAGGAUGUCACGGCCAAUGUGAUGCACCAGCUCCGCAGCAUCCGGCACUUGUGCCAGAUGCCUGAGGCACUGCAGGGGCUGUGCCUCUGA